CUGCCCCUGUGCUUCAGCCACCACGCCCAAUCCUCAGCCGUCCAAUCCUUAAGCGCUCUCCACAUUAGUUUAUCAGCCUUGUCCCCCAGUCUAGGCGUUGUUUUGUUGUUGAAGUCUAAGUUGCAGGUCGUUUAGGCUUUUCCUCUCUCUCCUUCUCUCUCUCUCUCUCUCUCUGCAUUUGCCUCUGCAAGUACUCUGAGCCUGCAAAUUUCACCGUUUCGGCCAUUGGAUUCACAAAAAGUUCCAAGCCAAGCAAAAGCAUCACAUUUUUCUAGAUACCGAUUUGCUCGCAAUGGACAGGACAAUGCUGGUGCCGCCAUGGCUGGAGCAGUUGCUCAAAACAUCAUUCUUCAGAGUCUGCCGUACACAUGGAGACGCCACCAGAAGUGAGUGCAAUAUGUUCUGCUUAGAUUGCAGCGGAGACGCUUUCUGCUUUUAUUGCAGGUCCUCCGGACACAAAGAUCACCAAGUCAUUCAGAUAAGGAGAUCUUCAUACCAUGAUGUGGUGAGGGUUUCAGAGGUGCAGAAGGCAUUAGACAUAAACGGAGUUCAGACAUACGUGAUAAACAGCGCCAGAGUUAUGUUUCUGAAUGAGAGGCCUCAGCCGAAGGCUGGCAGUAAGGGAUCUCCCCACAUUUGUGAACUCUGUGGCAGAAGCCUCUUGGAUCCUGUUCGUUUCUGCUCACUCGGCUGUAAGCUUGCGGGAAUACAUAGAAAUGGGGAUGCAAACUUUACCUUAGAGGCGAAGGAUGAGGAGGCAAUGGGGAGGAGAGAAGAGUUGCGUGGAGGCUCACAACACGACAUAUGCCCGCCCACGCCGCCUCCACCUCCUUCCACAGCAAGAAGAAGAAAAGGCAUUCCUCAUAGGGCACCCUUUGGCUCCUAAUUUGCUCAAAUGCCCUCCAACUUGAAACAAAUUAUUUUCCACCCCAGCAUUGCAGUCUUUUUGUUCAACAAAGUGAAGGGUGCAAACUACAAAGCCUUUGGAAUUUGAGGGAGGUCGAGGUGGAAGGGGGUGUCAAAAGAAAAGAAAUGGGGGUACAUUGGUAUUGGUGUAUGGAAUAGGAUCCUAUCCAGAUUUUUUUUUGUGAGGAUCCUAAGAAUGAGUUCAUCUUAUUUGUUUAUCAAUCAUCUUGCGGUCAGAAAUUAUUUUAAAUAUUUUAUUUAAAAUAGAACACAAACAGUACUUAACGAAAACUGACCGCAUGAUGUACGAUUAACAAAUAAAAUGAAUUUAUUCUUAGAAUACUUAUAAAAAUGAUCCGGAAAGAAUCAUCAUCCAAAAAUAUUAGGGUAUAGGAAGAAAAUAAAAAUAUAUUCCUUUUGGGUUUUGGGUGGCAAAAAAUAAAUACUUAGAAAUUAUCUCAAUUGUGAUGAAAGAUGCAAUAAUGCACAAUCGUUAUUGAUAGUUGCAAGGUGUACAUGUCAAUUAAGAAAUUAAAAGCAAGUCUUUGUGGAAUCCGAUUUUUAGUUUUCGUGGGCCCACCCACCACAUGGGCGCCGAUUACACAAAGAAACAUCAUCUUUUUGUUCUUU